CUCUCUACAGGCAGUUAUCCAUGACACUGGAUAGAACACACUUCAUUGUCUUUUAACGAAUGUAUUUUGGCGUUAAACGCAAAUUUAGAUUUUGGAUGGCAUUUCUUUAGACACAAUAGUUGAACAGCUGUCGCGUUCAGUGUGUCGUUACAGCGGGGACAUGUGGUCAGACAACAUAACGUUACACCUGCCGCCUCAACACGGUUACUUAAUAUCCACGGCGGGUCUCUCCGCGUUUUAUUAAAACACUGAACACUUUCAACUGUCCUGCUUUUGCAAUGGGGUUUAACGCGAGCGCCGGAGUGAAGUGAUAGUCGACUUGUGGACCAGCAUUUGUCCUAUUCGGCCGUCCUCUGGGACGCCUCUUCUAAAGACGCCAUGACCCUCGGCACGACGUCCAGCACCGGCUCCGACGGCUCCUUGGGGGGCUUCUGCUCGUGCUGUGGAGCCAAGAUUGUGCCAUACUUUAACCACGACGCAGUGGGGUCCCAAAACCAGAUCAACCAACUUAUCAGCGAGAGCUUCCUGACGGUGAAGGGGGCUGCACUCUUCCUCCCCAGGGGCAGCAGCCCCACCCAGAGCUCCUCGUCCCAUGGCAGCCAGCGCCGAAACAAACACGCAGGGGACCUCCGCCAGCACCUCCAGACCAUGUUCACCCUGCUCCGUCCCGAGGACACCAUCCGCCUGGCGGUGCGUCUGGAGAGCGCCUACGCCCAGUUCACCCGCUACAUGGUGGUGGUCUCCACCAACGGGCGGCAGGACACGGAGGAGAGCAUCGUGCUGGGCAUGGACUUCACCUCCUCCGAUAGUUGCUGCACACUGGGCCUGGUUCUGCCCCUGUGGAGCGACACCCUGAUCCACCUGGAUGGAGACGGCGGUUUCAGUGUGUCGACAGUCAACAGGAUUCACGUGUUCAAGCCCGUCUCCGUCCAGGCCAUGUGGUCUGCGCUGCAGUCGCUCCACAAGGCCUGCGACGUGGCCCGCUGUCACAACUACUACCCAGGCAGCCUGUUCCUGACCUGGGUCAGCUACUACCAGAGUCGCCUCUCCUCCGAUCAGUUCUGCAUCAACGAGUGGAAUGCCAUGCAGGACGUCCUCUCCCACCGCCCCGACUCCCCGGUCCUCUUCACCGACGUACCCACGGAGAGGGAGCGCACAGAGAGGCUGAUCAAGACACGCCUUCGAGAGAUCAUGAUGCAGAAAGACCUGGAGAACGUCACCUCCAAGGAGAUCCGCACAGAGCUGGAGAUGCAGAUGGUGUGCAACCUGAGGGAGUUCAAAGAGUUCAUCGACAACGAGAUGAUCGUCAUCCUGGGCCAGAUGGACAGCCCCACCAAGAUCUUCGACCACGUGUACCUGGGGUCUGAGUGGAAUGCGUCCAAUCUGGAGGAGCUGCAGAACAGCGGGGUGCGGUACAUCCUCAACGUGACCCGGGAGAUCGACAACUUCUUCCCAGCAGUGUUUGAGUACCACAACAUCAGGGUGUUCGACGAGGAGGCCACCAACCUGCUGGAGUACUGGAACGAGACCUACAAGUUCAUCUCCAAAGCCAAGAAGGCCGGCGCCAAGUGCCUGGUGCACUGCAAGAUGGGCGUGAGCCGCUCGGCGUCCACGGUGAUCGCCUACGCCAUGAAGGAGUACGGCUGGGACCUGGAGCAGGCCUUCGACCACGUCAAGCAGUGCCGCGCCGUCACCAAGCCCAACCCCUCCUUCAUGAAGCAGCUGGAGGAGUACCAGGGCAUCCUGCUGGCCAGCAAACAGAGGCACAACAAGCUGUGGCGCUCCCACUCGGACGGCGACCUAUCGGAUCGUCCCGAGCCCCUGUGCAAGCCCACCUCCCACUCGCUGGGCCGCUCGGACCCGCACAACAACAACAACGUCUCCUCCCCCUCGUUGCAUCACUUCCUGGGCGUCGCCGUGCUGCAGGCGCUGAGCGCGGAUCCCCUGGACGCGUCGGGCCGACCCGCCGACCCGCUCUCCCCCCGGCCCCGGGCGGGCACCCUGGCCCCCAGUAGCCUGCCCGCCGCCGCCGCCGCCGCGCCCCACCCGCCGUCCUCGCUCCACCUCCUGGCACCGCCUUCCCCUGACGGCGUUGACUCGGAGCAGGAGGCCUCCCCGCUGACGGCCGGCUCCAGCGACACCCUGGAGGGCUCCCUGUCCGAGGGUCUGGCCAGCGGCGCCGUCAGCCCCCUCAGCCCCCUCGCGGCCGCACCUCCCCUCUCCCGGGGUCCCACUACCACUAUCACCCUCAACAACAAUACCGCCUCCCCCAUCCACACCCAUGAGGUCAAUGGUACCGCCAUCACCGCCCCCAGCCCCGCCACCAUCAAUGAGAACGACAUCCCCACCCCCAUCAAUGACGACGACAAUAUCGCCAACCCCGCCCCCAUCAAUGACGACGACAACAUCGCCAUCCCCGCCCCCAUCAAUGACGACAACAACAUCGCCAUCCCCGCCCCCAUCAAUGACGACAACAACAUCGCCAACCCCGCCCCCAUCAAUGACGACAACAACAUCGCCAUCCCCGCCCCCAUCAAUGACGACAACAACAUCGCCAACCCCGCCCCCGUCAAUGACGACAACAACAUCGCCAACCCCGCCCCCAUCAAUGACGACGACAACAUCGCCAACCCCGCCCCCGUCAAUGACGACAACAACAACCCCAGCGAGGAGCAGCCGGACGGCGGCAGCAGCUCCGAGGGCCGCAGCGACGCCUCGUCCAGCUACAGCGGGGACAGCAUCGACUUCUUCAGCGCCCGGGAGAAGUUCCUGGGCCUGGCGCUGGACGGGCGCGGGGCCCGGGCGCCGCCCACCCCGGACCGCGCGCCGCAGCCGCGCACGCCGCCGUCACCGUCGCAGCCCUCCCUGGAGGAGCACGGCGAACACAGGGAGGAGGAGGAGGAGGAGGAGGAGGAGGAGGAGGAGGAGGAUCCGGAGCCGAGGAAGGAGAUGAGUCAGGUCCCUCCAUGCUCUGACGAGCCCCUGGACAAGGCCCGCCCUGACGCGGCUCCUCACCACGACAACGCGCUGUCGGUGCGCCACAUCGUCACAGAGAUCGAGUCCAUAUCGCUGCUCCCCGCGGCCCCCACCUCCCUGCCCCUCCCGCCCUGCCGUAGCCCCCCCCAGCCGAGCCGACCCGCCCAGCCCCUGGAAGACCAGGAGACGGGCGAGGUCACCGGCGGCGGCGGCGGCGGCGGCAGCGGCGACUGGUCCCCGACUCCUCCCCCGUCCCAUCCCCAGUCCCCCUCCACGCCGGCGCAGGAGCCGCCCGAUUGGCCCAUGGGCUCGGUGCGGCGCGCCACCAAGCAGCUGGAGCAGCGGCUGAAGCUGGGGCUGGAGCUGUCCCCGGCCGCACAUCCUCCUCCUCCUCCUCCUCCUCCUCUUCCUCAGCCCCUCCCCCGCUCCCCGCUCCACUCCCCCGCCGCUGAACACCCAUCCUCGCCGCGCUCCCCCGAAUCAGCCGCCACGGAGCCUCGGAUCCGCCCCCCCGGGAGGCGGGAAGACGAUCAGGUACAGCCCGCCGUAACGCACGCAGACGCCGCGUCCAAAGACACUCCAGUGGCGUCCCGGAGGGACCACCAAAGACUGGCCUCCCCGGACACCGUUCCCCUUCCAGGCGACGCUCUCUUCAGCCGAGGUCCCGGCGCCUCACUGGACUCUGAUCCCACGGAAUGCAACGGGAGCGCCCUCAUGGAUUCAGAAACCUCCCUCCCGUCUUCCCACUCGCCGCGGGCCUCGCCACUCAACGUGUCGGGGGUGACGGUCCAGGAGUCGGACACGGAGGCCGCGGCGCCGCCCCGCGCAUGCCGGAGUCCGGGCUGCGGCCCCUCUUGCGACGCCCGCCAGAAGCUGGCUCACAGCAGCCAGGAGCUGGAGAGGAUCCAGCAGACGCUACGGGAGCUGCAGGCCUUCCUCCACGAGGGGGGUCCGCCGGAGGGGCAGGUCAAGGCCGCAGACCCUCGGGGCUCCAGAGAGGAAAUGGACACGGAGCCGGACGCGGGGCCGGGCGAGGGCGAGGGGGAGGCGGCGUGUAGCGGUCAGGCUACAGGGGUCCCGGAGCGGCGGGGGCUCCGGGACCGGCAGGGGAAGAGCUACCGGGAGCCGGCGGCGUGGCGGCGGGCCGUGGCGCUGGAGGCCCGGAUCCGGCAGGCGGGCCUGACGCCCCCGUCCCAGAUGAAGCGCUCGGCGUCUCUGGCCAAGCUGGACCGCCUGGAGCUGUCGGCCAACGACCUGAGCGACUGGGACCUGAGGCCGCCCCCCCAGGCCCCCUAUUCACACCCCCGGCGCUGUGGCAGGGCCGCGUCCCAGCCGCACCCGGGACCCGACGACUCUUGGAAGAAGCAGCGGGUGCUGGUUCCACUCCCCGCUGCCCCCCAGAGACCCCCGCACCGCGCCUUCCAGGGGGACGGCUGCGACAGCGCUGCCGCGGCGGCCGCGGCCCCCGCCCCGAGGAGAGAGGAAGAGACGGGCGAGAAGGAGGGGGAGGGCCGGGGCCGGUCGCAACGGCACCGGCGCCGGAGCUCCGCGGAGAGGAAGCAGCAUCAGCAGACCACCACUGUGCUCUAUAACACCAUGUGACCUCACUGCAGGGGACAGACCACUACUGGAACUGUUGUGUGUGUGUGUGUGUGUGUGUCUGCAUGUGUGUGUGAGAGCCACUGUGAGCUCGAUCUCUCCACCAAGACUGUGUUGGCCUACCUCACGUUGAGUAGCAGGGGUGUGGAGGUCCUUCCUCCACAAUGAUGUUUGUACAAAGUAAAGGACGGGACACGUCUGCAUGUAUGCCACUGGAUGUGUGCCGGUAUUGUGUGUGUGUGUGUGCGUGUGUGAGUGCGUGUGCGCACGCUAGUGUGGAUAUGUACGUCCGAUAAGGAAUUGUGAAUGUCCAAAACUAAUGCUGACCCUGUGAGUUUUUAUUGUUUUUAAUUUACAUCCCCUUUCAGGUGCGUUUUCUUUUAUUUACGUGGCCUCUGCUUGUUCGGGGUUUCUGAAACAAAAGAUACAGUUUUCUUAAAUCACAAGGAGGGGUUCAAAACAUGCACUUUAAUCUUGUUUUGACUUGUUUUUCUUGUACUCCCCCCAAGCCCCUGUUAAAACACUUUUUUAUUUUAAAUAGCUAAUGUUAAUACCCUAGAGGAGUAUUUUUGCACUGAUUUAUUACAGCGGGGUUUUUCUGUCCUUUCAUUUGCCUGUCUUGAUAUCAAUUGAUAGAUUUUUUUUACCUGUGUUUUAUCCAUAAAUAAAAUGUUUAUCCAUCUAAUAUUCA